CGCUUCGUUGAGGCACCUUCUGCUCCUCUUCCUCAAAGCCUUUCGUUGGUAACCCGUCGAAUAACGGAAGAGAAGGGAGCAAGACUGUGCGAUGCCAACCAUCGCCGGCGUGGAGGACAAAGAGCCUCGUUUAUCUCUCCCCCAUCGCCCCUUCUCUUCGGACUCCGCCGCCCUGCGCACUCCCGACCGCCGAAGCUUCUCCUAUUACCGUCUCCCCGUCCACCUCCUUAACCUUACGGUUCUCAAAUUGGACGGAUCUUCUUUCGAUGUGCAGGUACCCCGGACGGCUUCGGUGCGGGAGCUCAAGAUGGCGGUGGAAGAAGUUUUCGACAAGUCCCAGAUGGACAGGAGAACGGAGAGCAUUUCGUGGGUUCACGUAUGGGGUCAAUUCUGCUUGUCAUAUCGAGGGAUUAAGCUGACUCAAGAGAAGGCGCUGCUCAAGGACUUUGGUAUCAAGGACAGUGAUUUGCUUCAGUUUGUUAGACAUGGUUCCAUCAGCUGCACUCCAAUAAAGCAACGACGUCGAGGUCAAGAAAGAAAGCCAGAAUGGCGAAGAAAGUCAUGGUCGGGAGAAGAACUUAAUUUUGAGUUUGAGGAGUCUGCAACAGAUAACAGAAGUGGAGAGCUGAUUCCAGCCAUUAAUGAGGAUACCAACCAAUCCACUGUGGAAUGGGUAGCCAUGGAUGGUGGGGAAGAUGAAGAUUUUGCCAUAAAGAAUCACUGGCAGUUCAAGCUCUCUCGUUACUUGAAAGGUUUCUUGUGCUACUCCAAUUUCAUAUACACGACGAGAGAUAGAAUAGCACUUGACUGAUAUAAAACUAUGCCAUUGGUUCAUACUGUAAUUACACCCACAGCGAGUUGCCAAAACUAUUGAGAGAAAAUUUUUAAGCUAUUAUGAUUUCAGAGUCUGAAGAAUAUAUAUGAAUGAUUUACUGAUUGUAAGGAAAACUAAAAACAAUCCAAGGAUGGCACAGGCACCUGCAAAGAAGAAAGCUUUUUGAGAUGUACUGGAGAGACAUUGAUUCUUAUUAUGAAUAUUAUAAUUACUGAGUCUUAAUGUAAUGCAGUUGUGCACUCUUAAUCAUGGCAUCACUGUUUUGUAACCUUUAAUUAUACUUUUAUUUGCAUUUCAUGUC